GUUCACUUGUUCAUUUUUGCUCACUUGUUCUCUACUCACUUUUUGCGCAAUUUUGCUCCUCAAAGGGCAUUUUGCGUUCUGGCAGUUGUUGCUCAUAUUUGCUUUUACUUCACACUUUUUGUAUUACCGGCAAAACUGUUUAUUCUUUUGAAAAUUCAGUAUGUCGCUAAUUCAAAGUAUAUUCGAUACUUCGAAAGUAUAGUGAAAUAGUAAAAACUGAGCAAUCUAAGUGAGCAAUGAGCAACUGAGCAAUCAGGUGAAUAAGUGAGCAAUAUGAGUGAGUUGACUCACAUACUAAAAAAGAACAAGUGAACAUGUUCCCUAAAAUGAGCAAUGUUUACCCAACACUAGCACCCAUACACUAAAACAUGCUGGAGGCAAAACAGAACUAUACCCUUCAGUGGACCAAAGAGCGAUAGUAAAACGGAACUAUCAUAAAAUGUCCGGAAACGGACUUAGAAAUGAUAAAAAUCCGGGAGCGAUGAGUGAAGUCUCGCAAAAUGCUCGCAGACGGACUUAGAAAAGAGCAUUGAACGGACGAAAACCGAGUGACGACAAAGUCUCGCAAAACUAUCACAAACAGACUUAAAAACGGGUGAAAAAUAGACAGAAAAGUGAAACAUAACGGAACAAAUAGAUAGGUACGGGUAAAGUCUCACAAAAUGCUCGCAGAUGGACUCAGAAAAGAGCAUUUACCGAACGAAAACCGUGCGACGACCAAAGUCCCGCAAAACUAUUACAAACGGACUUAAAAACGGGCACAAUACGCAAGAAACGCCGGAUCACGUAAUAGAACAUGAACGAACAUGUCAAACUGCGACCCGGCACAACGCCGCAGUUUUUUCGUUUUGUGUUAUUUUGUGAUUAAAAACCGCAGCAGAAGGACGUAAACGGGGAGUUAAAUCGUAAAAAUAGUGAAAAAAAAGAAAAAUCGCCAUCUUCUUGUGCAUCAGGCAACCUGCGUCAACGAAUAUAACAAUUUUCGCUGGAACUGACUUUGCGCACCAUUUUUUGUAUACACAGGGGAGUACUAAUAUUAAUAAAAAAUGCCAUUUAAGCGUAAAAGCCGGAAAUAUAUAUGCGAAUCGAAGCAUAUCAAUAAAAGUACAUCGAACAUUAAUAUUAUUGAAGAAAAUGCAGCAGACUUUAGUUUUCCAGAGCUAUGUAAUGAUUUUUCAAAUGUUUUAGUUCAGAAUUUCGAAUCAACCAGUUUUAUAAACAGCUAUCAUAGAAAAAAUGAAUAAACUGGAAAAAAAAAAUUGACCUGAUACUUAAUAAACUAGACGGAAAAAAAAUGGACAAAAAAUUGGACAUCAUGAUUAAUAAAAUGGACCGAAACACAGCGGAAAUGGUGGCUCUUCGUUCCGAAAUUGGCUCCAUUAAGGCGAAGGUUUGUGGAGAGAUCCGCAAACCUAAAGAAGUUCUGCCUUGCCAACCGCUCACAACAAUUCAAGAAUUAAACCAUUUUGAGCAUAAAUUGCAGGAAGAAAGUUUCUUCAAAAAUGUGACCGCAGAGUUAAUGAUGUCGGGCGAGAAAGCAUUCGACAAAUGGAUUCAGAGUUCUUGGCGUUCAAUUGUGUCCGACGAGGUCGCACGACAGUGCUCUUGGCGGGGCACAGAGGCAAAAAAGUGCAUUAGGGGCUUGCGGGUUACUCUAGCCAUCCGUACGGGAUUUAAUGAAAGAUUUUCGUUAGAGGACGUCGAUUUCGACCGAAUCACGCAAAAAUUCUUCCAGUACGCCCAGGACAGAGUGUCGAAGGGGCAAAAACAAAUUAAAUUUAAUUCACUAAUAUAAUUUUGUAAUCUAUUUAUGUACCACCAAAAUUAAAAAUUAAAACAAAAUGAAUGUGGAAACACCAACGACGGCACCAC